GGGCGCGGCCGCGGCGGCGUCAGGGCUCGCGGGGGUGGUGGACGCUGAGCUCGGCGCUGCUGCUGCUGCUACUGCUGCUGCGACCAUGGCGGGGAGGGGCAAGCUCAUCGCGGUGAUCGGGGACGAGGACACGGUGACUGGCUUCCUGCUCGGGGGCAUCGGGGAGCUGAACAAGAACCGCCACCCGAACUUCCUGGUGGUGGAGAAGGACACCACCAUCAAUGAGAUCGAGGACACGUUCCGGCAGUUCCUGAACCGGGAUGACAUCGGCAUCAUCCUCAUCAACCAGUACAUCGCCGAGAUGGUGCGGCACGCACUGGACGCGCACCAGCGCUCCAUCCCCGCUGUGCUCGAGAUCCCGUCCAAGGAGCACCCUUACGACGCGGCCAAGGACUCCAUCCUGCGCAGGGCCCGGGGCAUGUUCACGGCCGAGGACCUGCGCUAGGGGCUCCCCGCGGCUCGCCCACCCUCCCUCCUCCCGGCCACCGGCCUCUGGCUUCCACGUCCCUGCCCUCCCUGCUCCACCGAGAGACCAGAUGGGGUGCCUGCAGGUUUCUGGGGGCGGCGCUGCCAUUAAAAUCCAGGCUACUGAGGGA